GGCUUUCAACACUCCUCAUCUUCCAACCAACCCACCCAAAAACCAUCCAUCAUCACCUCAGACUCAACAGCAAGAUAAAUACUUAAAUAGAAUAAGCAUUCGAUAUGUCUUCUCAAGAAGCCACCACCUCAUCAGCCGAGCCUGCCACUACUGACUCUCAGAUCACUAUCAAUAUCAAGGCUCCCUCCGAUUCAAAGUUAUCUCUGUCGAUCAGCUUGUCAAAAACCGUCUGGGAUCUCAAGAAACUUAUCUCUGAAUCGACUGAUCCAAAGGUCCAAGCUGAGAAUCAGAGGUUAAUUUACUCAGGUCGAGUGCUCAAAGAUGAAAGCUUAUUAUCCGAAUACAAGAUCCAAUCUGGGCACUCAAUACAUAUGGUCAAAGGCGCACCCCGACCUACAAACCCAACACCAGCAACACAACAGAUCCCCUCGAAUUUGAACGCCGGACAACAGAUCGCCGGGAACCCUUUGGCUCCUUUACUCAAUGCUACUAACCAAAUACCUGGAUUCAAUCCCUUUGCCGACCUUGGUAUCAAUACCAAUGAUCCGAAUAUGGCGAUGAAUAUGAUGAACAAUCCCCAAGUUUUACAAAGCGCAGCUAGACUACUAGAAGAUCCUGCCAUGGUCGAUCAGAUGAUUGCUAGCGAUCCUCGGCUACAAUCGAUGGGGCCUCAAGUACGAGAGAUGUUACGAUCACCGAUGUUUCGACAAAUGCUCACGAACCCGGAUCUGAUGCGGAGCAUGCACGGGGCGAUGCGAGGGAGCGGAGCGAGUCCGUUUGGGGAUCUAACCGGAGCGGGAGCAACUGGUGGUGGGGCGACCGAUCCGAUCGCAGCCGCAUUGGGCGCACAGACGGCUGCAGGUGCCACUCCCGGCGCCACCGCUGCUCCUCCGACUGGCGCAGCUCCAGGGAUGGACCCGCUGGCUUUCAUGAAUACUCCGUUUGGUCAGUUGAUGCAACAGAUGAACACUCCCGGCGCCGGCGCUGGUAUGAUGGGUGGGAUGGGAUUUCCUAUGGCGGCUCCUCAACCGGCUGAUCCACGAGCUCCUGAAGAACGGUUCGAGGUCCAGCUUGGCCAAUUACAAGCUAUGGGAUUUACUGAUGCUAGGCAGAAUGUGAGGGCUUUAUUAGCGAGUGGAGGAAGUGUCGAAGCAGCAAUUGAGUACAUUCUAAGUGGCAAUUAAAAGCACACAGAUCAUGGGAAAACAUUGUAGAAGUGCAUGUUUUGGAGUCAAUUAUUCAAAGACAUAAGAUGACUCCUGCAAUUUAAGGCAUUUAUUCAUUCAUCAAAACAGAUCAAUCAUUUGGAUUAGUUCUCAAUUCUCCCUCCCUCUCUCUCCCUCUACAUGAGUGUAUCAAAUUUUAACUUGUUAUCUAACAACCAAUCACUUAUUUAUCUAGCCCAGUUUAUCUCUAAAAUUCUAUAAAAAUUAAAAAUCAAAAAUAACUUCAAGGUUGAUUCCCUUUCUUACUUUCAACAUAUACACACCAUUUUUUUUUUGGUUUCUUCUUACAAUUCUUUCUUUUUUCUUGUGUGUGUGUGUGUGUGUGUUUUUUGAUACACUUUCUGUACUGAAAUCUCAACAAAAAAAACA